AAAAAAAAAAAAAAAAGUGGGAAAAUAUAUAAAAUCCUCGCAAAACCCAGUUAUUCUCAAAACCUCUCUCUCUAAAAAUGGAGAAAGGGGGAAGAACAGUUGCAAGAAUUUAUCUGCUAUGUCUCUUGAACAGUUCGUCUCCACCAUGGCCCCUCUACUCGAUCUCGAAAGCUUCCAUGACUUCGGGGGCAACAAGGACUUUGGAUGCUGCUCUGAAGAAAGGCUCCACCAUUCUUAAUUUGAAGUGUGUGGAUGCUCAGACAGGAUUAAUGGGAAAAUCUCUUCUCGAGUUUCAGUCUACUAAAGGUGAUGUUCUUCCUGCCCACAAGUUUGGGAUUCAUGAUGUUGUUGUUUUAAAGGCAAACAAAGCUAAUCUAGGGUCACCUCCACUGGGUCAAGGUGUGGUUUAUCGUCUGAAGUACUCAUCAAUCACUGUUGCUUUUGAUGAUAUCUCGGAGGAGGGUUUAAACAGCCCUUUACGUCUUGAGAAAGUGGCCAAUGAGGUGACAUACCGUAGGAUGAAGGAUACAUUGAUUCAACUAAGUAAAGGAGUGCUGAGGGGACCUGCUGCCGACUUAGUUCCUGUGUUAUUUGGAGAGCGACCGCCAACAGUGUCAAAGAAGGAUGUUACUUUCUCACUAUUUAACACCAACCUUGAUCACUCUCAGGUCCUUAAGCUUUUAUUAUCUAGUAAAUCUUACUCGUAUAAUAGCUUCUCAGCUUGUAGAACCGAAAAUAAUGAGACAACAACACAUCCACGGAACCGAGUCCGGAAUACAAUAAAUAGAGGAAAAACCAGGAUCGCUAUAUAUUCAUUGAUCUACAGUAAUUUUAUGAUUAUCACAGUACGAUCUUUUUUUCAACUUUGUCCUAAUGGAUUUGUGCAGGCUUUGAAUGGGAAGCUUUUGAAGACAAAAGAUAAAAAUUCAAGGAGGGACAUAAGGAGGGAGCUAAAGACUCUUUCUAAAGAAGAGCGUGAAAGGCAAGUGCUAGCCGUUGCAGAUGUAAUCAAAAGUUCUGAUGUGGUGUUGACGACAUUGACUGGUGCGUUGUCCCGAAAGUUGGAGGGUACUUCAUUUGAUUUGGUGAUUAUUGAUGAAGCUGCUCAGGCACUUGAGAUAGCAUGUUGGAUAGCCCUACUAAAGGGUUCAAGAUGUAUACUUGCAGGAGACCACCUCCAGCUUCCUCCAACCAUUCAGAGCGUAGAAGCCGAGAAGAAGGGUUUAGGGAGAACCCUCUUUGAACGCCUUGCAGACUUGUAUGGUGAUGAAGUCACGUCUAUGCUCACUGUCCAAUACCGCAUGCAUGAGCUCAUAAUGACUUGGUCAUCUAAAGAGCUUUACAACAGUAAGAUCGAAGCUCAUCCAUGUGUUGCUGCACACAUGCUGUAUGACCUUGAGGGGGUAAAGAAGUCUUCUUCAACCGAACCAACUCUAAUUCUCAUAGACAUAGCUGGAUGUGACAUGGAGGAAAAGAAAGAUGAAGAAGACAGCACAAUGAAUGAGGGCGAAGCCGAGGUUGCCAUUACCCAUGCAAAGAGACUUGUUCAGAGUGGAGUCCAAGCUUCUGAUAUCGGAAUCAUUUCCCCUUAUGCAGCACAGGUUGUCUUACUGAAGAUGAUGAGAAGCAAUGAAGACAAGCUAAAAGAUAUGGAGAUAUCAACAGUUGAUGGCUUUCAAGGCCGAGAAAAGGAAGCUAUUAUCAUUUCAAUGGUCCGAUCAAACUCAAAGAAAGAGGUGGGCUUUCUGAGCGAUCGCAGGCGAAUGAAUGUUGCGGUGACACGAGCAAGGAGGCAGUGUUGUCUUGUUUGUGACACUGAAACCGUGACUGGCGAUGGAUUCUUGAAGCGUUUGAUUGAGUAUUUUGAGGAGCAAGGUGAGUACUUGAGUGCUUCGGAGUAUGGAAAUGAAUAAACAAUAAUGGAAGAAGGAUAUUUCCUUCUUUGCCAAAUGUCACUUGGUCCUAGAUUACAAACACUGAAAUUUAUUCAGAAAACACAGAAUGCAGUACUUUGCAUUCAACCUUGUGACGAGUCGGCUUAAUCCAACAUGAAGGCAAUCUGAUGUGAAGAAUUUCUGUGUUUCUAACAUUUCCAAAACCAUUUAUUUAUUUUGGAUUGGACGUCAAUGGAUUUGUCAAAGAAAAGUUCUGAAAUUUGUAAAAAGGGAAGGAAACUAUUGUCGUUUAUCAUUUU